GGAACCACAGUUGCAGAGGAAGAAGAAGACCCACGAAUUUUAAAUAAACGUCAUACACGACCAAGAUCUCAAGACAGCGACCUUACUGGAUCAUCCACAGAUACUGCUACUAUAAAGAAAACGCGUGUUAGCCUUGCAAAUCUUCAGAAGGCUUGGACUCCAACAAGGCGUGUAUCAAAAGAUGACUGGAUGGAGUGGUUGCGGAGAUUAAGUAUUGAACUGCUAAAAGAGUCCCCGUCACCUGCAUUACGUUCAUGUUGGGCUUUAGCUCAGACUUACAACCAGUUACCUAGGGAUCUCUUCAAUGCAGCUUUCUUAAGCUGCUGGACUGAACUCCAUAAAGACCAACAGGGAGAGUUAAUUCGAAGUCUUGAACAGGCUCUGAACACUCAAGAAAUUCCUGAGGUUACUCAUACCUUACUGAACUUGGCAGAAUUUAUGGAGCACUGUGAAAAGGGUCCUUUACCACUUGAACCCUCAGUACUGGGACAGCGAGCCAUGAAAUGCAGAGCUUAUGCUAAAGCAUUGCACUACAAGGAAGAUGAGUUCCACAGAAAGCCAACAACAGAAGUGCUUGAAGCACUUAUUAGUAUCAACAAUAAGCUUCAACAACCUGAAGCUGCAGCUGGGGUGCUAGAGUAUGCCAUGAAAAACCAUGGAAGUGAACUGAAAGUGAAGGAGAGAUGGUAUGAAAAACUUCAUGACUGGGAUAAUGCUUUAAAAGCUUACCAACUUGCCCGAGAACAGAAUCCUGAUGAUGUGGAGUUGAUUCUUGGACAGAUGAGAUGUCUUGAAGUUCUUGCAGAAUGGUCUAAAUUGAAUGACUUGGCCAGAGAAUCUUGGAACAAGUUUCAGGAUCGAGAUCGCCAAAGAAUGGCACGAAUGGCUGCAGCAGCAGCCUGGGGCUUAGGUGCUUGGGCAAAUUUGGAAGAGUAUGCCCAAGUAAUACCACGGGAAAGCAUGGACAGAGCCUUUUUCCAAGCAGUGUUGUCUGUUCACAGAGAUGACUUUCAGAAAGCUCAGUUGCAUAUAGAUAAAGCUCGUGACCUCCUUGACACUGAACUUACAGCAAUGGCUGGAGAGAGCUACAACAGAGCAUAUGGUGCUAUGGUCCAUGUUCAGAUGUUAGCCGAGUUGGAGGAGGUUAUUCAGUACAAACUGAUUCCUGAAAAAAAAGAGGCAAUCAAGCAAAAGUGGUGGGAUAGAUUACAGGGUUGUCAGCGGGUGGUAGAAGACUGGCAGAAAAUCCUACAAGUUCAUUCUCUGGUAGUUCCUCCGCAGGAAGACAUGAGAACGUGGAUGAAGUAUGCCAGCUUGUGUCGUAAAGUUGGAAGGCUGAACUUGUCCAAUAGAACAUUAGUCAUGUUGCUUGGCAUUGAUCCUAAAGGACAUUCUGACACAGUUCUUCCCACAACUCAUCCACAAGUAACUUUUGCCUAUAUUAAGCAUUUGUGGAAAAACAAUGAAAAGGAAUUGUCAUUUAGUCAGCUUCAUCAGUUUGUACAAAAUUCCCUGUAUCCCAAAGUUCAUCAUAUGCAAGUGCCUGAUGAAUCUCUACCAAAAACAGAAUUACACAAGCUUUUAGCCAGGUGCUACUUGAAGCUAGGUCAGUGGCAAGAAAGCCUACAAGGAAUUAAUGAAAAAUCUAUUCCCAUGAUCCUCAAGUAUUAUUCUGCUGCUAGAGAUUAUGACACUAACUGGUACAAGGCUUGGCAUGCAUGGGCUUACAUGAACUUCGAAGCAGUUCUCUUCCAUAAACAACAAGGCCAGCUACAGCUUGCAAUGGGUGGUUCUAACCUGACCCCUGGGGACAUCCCUCUUUUUACCUCUGAUUCAAGCACAUCAUCUCCUUCAGGAACCCUGUCUAAGACUGGAUUGACAAGCCAACAUGUCCAUGACUACACUGUUCCAGCAGUCCGAGGAUUUUUCAGGUCUAUUGCUCUGUCUCAUGGAAGUUCUCUUCAGGAUGCUCUCAGGUUGUUAACACUGUGGUUUGACUAUGGCCAAUGGCCUGAAGUGUAUGAAGCUUUAGUUGAAGGUCUUAAAACUGCACAGAUAGACACAUGGCUCCAAGUGAUUCCUCAACUCAUAGCUCGUAUUGACACUCCUCGACAUUUCGUGGGACGACUGAUUCAUCAACUGUUAACAGAUAUUGGAAAGUACCAUCCCCAGGCUUUGAUCUACCCACUCACUGUAGCCUCCAAAUCCUCUGUACAGUCUCGUAGAGAAGCAGCCAACAAGGUUCUAGACAGUAUGAGGGAGCACAGCUUUAAACUGGUCACACAGGCUAUGAUGGUUAGUGAGGAGUUGAUCCGUGUGGCCAUCCUGUGGCACGAGCUGUGGCAUGAAGGUCUAGAAGAAGCUUCCAGACUUUAUUUUGGGGAUCGUAAUGUGAAAGGAAUGUUUUCCACUUUGGAACCAUUGCAUGCUAUGAUGGAAAGAGGCCCUCAAACUCUAAAAGAAAUAUCCUUUAAUCAUGCUUAUGGACGAGAGCUUAUGGAAGCAAAUGAAUGGUGUCGUCGAUACCAGAGAUCAAACAAUGUGAAAGACCUGACACAGGCUUGGGACUUGUAUUAUCAUGUUUUUAGACGUAUUUCUAAGCAACUCCCACAGCUCACAUCCUUGGAACUUCAGUAUGUUUCUCCAAAGCUGUUGAUGUGUAGUGAUUUAGAGCUAGCUGUUCCAGGUAGCUACAACCCAAACCAGCCAGUUAUUCGUAUUGCUCGCAUUGAGAGCUCUCUUCAAGUUAUAACAAGCAAGCAGAGGCCUCGUAAGCUUUGUAUUAAAGGAAGCAAUGGCAAGGAUUUCAUGUUUCUUCUGAAAGGGCAUGAAGACUUAAGGCAAGAUGAACGAGUGAUGCAGCUUUUUGGUUUGGUAAAUACUCUUUUGAUGAAUGACCCUGAGACAUCCAGGAAUAAUUUAACGAUUCAGAGGUUUUCUGUUAUUCCACUUUCAACCAAUAGUGGUCUUAUUGGUUGGGUUCCUCAUUGUGACACACUUCAUACGUUAAUUCGGGACUAUCGAGAAAAGAAGAAGAUUUUGCUCAAUAUUGAGCACAGAAUCAUGCUUAGGAUGGCACCAGACUAUGACCACCUGACCUUGAUGCAAAAAGUGGAAGUAUUUGAACAUGCCCUGGAACAUACAAAUGGUGAUGACUUAGCAAAGUUGCUCUGGUUGAAGAGUCCCAGCUCAGAAGUGUGGUUUGAUCGACGGACCAACUAUUCUAGAUCUCUGGCUGUGAUGUCAAUGGUGGGCUAUGUAUUAGGCUUAGGGGACAGACAUCCAUCCAACUUGAUGCUUGACCGUCUCAGUGGUAAAAUUCUUCACAUUGACUUUGGAGAUUGUUUUGAAGUGGCAAUGACGAGAGAAAAGUUCCCAGAAAAGAUCCCUUUCCGUUUAACUCGAAUGUUAAUCAAUGCAAUGGAGGUGACAGGAAUUGAAGGAACAUACAAAAUUACCUGUAAGAAUGUUAUGAAAGUUUUGCGAGAAAAUAAAGACAGCUUAAUGGCUGUAUUAGAAGCUUUUGUGUAUGAUCCUUUACUCAACUGGAGACUGGUUGAUGCCCAACCCAAGACAAAACACUCAAAGACAAGAAGUGAAUCAACAUCUUCUAGUCACGAACAAACAGGUGAUAUUCUAGAGAAUGUAGAUGUCAGCUCUCAGUUGGGAGUAAAAAAAAACGAAUCAACUGAAAACAGUGGAGAAACUAUGAUGUCUCGCAUCUGGUACAAUGGCCAUUUAGUUAAUCACCAUGCUUACAGUGGUCACUUGCCAUUGUCUCGUAUCUGGUACAAUGACCAUUUAACUAAUCAGCAUGCUUACAGUGGUCACUUGCCAUUGUCUCGCAUCUGGUACAAUGACCAUUUAACUAAUCAGCAUGCUUACAGUAGUCACUUGCCAUUGUCUCGUAUCUGGUACAAUGACCAUUUACCUAAUCAGCAUGCUUACAGUAGUCACUUGCCCUUUGCAGAUGAGGAAGGAAAGUCCAUUUUCUGA